AUGCACCUCUUCUUCACCACUACCCCUCCACUCCCACUCAUCCUGCUCUUCACAAUGCACAUCCCAACCAUCACCGCCUUCUCCCUUUUCGCCUCCCUCGGCUUCAGUCAGACCGUGCUCACAUCCCCCGAACCCACAGCACCAGGGUUGGUGUUCCUUUACACAGCCUACGUCGACUGUCUCGAGAGCCUCUACGAGACGCAAGGGCCACGUGAUAUAAGGAAGGCGAUCCCCAUCGUGGGCGGAAACUUUACAGGACCGAGGCUUUCGGGCAAGAUUUUGGAUUUGGGAGCCGAUUGGGGCGUUACGGAUCCGCAGACGGGAUUGUUUGAGGCGGAUACGAGGUAUAACCUCCAGACCGACGACGGUGCGAAUCUCUGGUUACAAACGAGUGGGCCUAGCGUGCCUGCUGGAGGGCUACAUUUGAAAGUGAACAUCGACACGGGAGAUAAGAGGUAUUAUUGGAUGAACAACAUUGUUGCCGUCGGUGUGCUCGGACGCGUCGCUGGGAACGAUACCGCGUUUACACUCAAGAUCGAUGUGUGGCAUCUCGAGGGAGAGUAUACUAACACGACUUUCGUCAAUGGAACGUCGUAUUGA